AUGAAGGUUCUUGUUCUUCUUAAUUUCGCGUGGUUAGCUACCAUUUUGGCCUCAUCUCCAGAAGGUAUAUAGCGAAAACAUGGGCUUGUGAAACUUAAGUUGAAUUAUAUGUGUUGAAGUCGAAGAUUAAUUAUUCCCAAGUUCACCAGUAUAAUUCUAUUGAUGCAGUUUCUUCUCAGAAUUUUCUUUCCAUUUUACAUUCUCUGAAUGUGAGGAGGCUAUUUUUUUUUGUCGACCGAAAAAACAAAACAGAUGAAAUCGAAGCGAUAACACUCCCGCCCAAAAAAAAACUACUAGAGGUUUAGAUCACCAAGAGAGUUUCGAUUUUGUCUGUCUUUUUAUGUAGUUUUUCGUGAUUUUAUUGAACUUAAGGGAUGUGGAACUUUCGUCCGUUUUAUAAAAAGGAUAACAAAAGAUAAAGGAAAAAAAAUAAAAAAUUUUAUUUUAAUUCAACCUUCUCUCCGUUCCUUUCUGGGAAAAACAAAACAAGAAAAAGCGAAAUUAAAAAAAGAAAAAAAAACCAAAAGCAAAAGCAAAAGGAAAACAUGGAAAACCAGAAAACCUAAAAUACUAUUUUUCUUCAUUUCUCAGUUUAACUGAUGUACUGGUGGAUGCAUACAGUAACAAUUCUACCAAUUGUACAAAUUUUGCAAGCACAAAAAUAACGUUGAUGAAAAAAUAAUGAAAGUUAUCUUAACUUUCUCCCAGAAAAUCUUCACACCAGAGAUAACGAAUUGGUUGAAGGUGAUAUGAAGCUAAUACCAGGCCAGACCAGAGGUGCAGUGGGUAACAGACAGUGGCCAGGCGGCACGCUCGUGUAUGACAUCGAUUAUUCUCUGAGUAAGUUAGUCGUACUCUUCAUACUAUCUCGAUACGAAAAACCUAUAAAAAUGUCGAAUUUCAAUCUUUCGAAAUGUAUAUUCAGCUAACACAAUCAUAAACUGCAAAAAAAAACUUGUUACCAUCCCUGCUCUCUUAGCUGAUAAAAAUUUUUUUUUGCGAUAACAAAGAAAGAUUGGAAUAAAAUAUGUGCAUGGUAUAUGUAUUAUGCAUGUUAUACCAUGUGCCAUUCAUAAAUUGUUCUAGACAAAUAUCUUCUUUUCGAAGAAUGCUUAUCGAUUUAAAGGCCACAUUAUGCUUGUUACGGAGUGUCGGCAUCGUCAGUGUUGUACUGAACUUAGCAUACUUUGGCAAAAAAGUGCCUUGACAAUAAUUUGGUGUAUGUAGACUGCAGGAUGAAAGAUUGUAAAUCGAGGAUGUGGUAGCAAAAACGAAAUCUGAAAAGAGCAACUCACGUAGUUGUCUCCUUUGUUUUCUUCUCAGUGUCUUCCUCGUAUGCAAUGACCGUAAUUAACAAUGCUUUCAACGCUUGGAAACGAGAAACAAAUGGCUGCAUAAAAUUCAGACAGAAGACGGCAAAUGAGCGCGCAUUUGUCAAAUUUUUCAAAGGUGGCGGGUAGGUUUUGAAAAUUGUAUUUGAAAAAACCUGUUUGGUCGUUUAAACUUCUAAGUAUUCCAGGUAUACAGUUACCUUUUGGUAUUCUAGGUGGUUCCCCUUGUUAAGAUAUAUUUACAUACCAUAUGCCCUAAUAAAUGUGCUCGAUUUAAAUUAGUGACGGAUGAAUCGUAGAAAAGUUACAUGACUUUCACCUAAUUAAACAAAACUUAAUUUUUAAUCCCUUCAUGGAUUCAUUCAUUUUCUUAGUUAAAUUAAUCAAAAUUAAACGAAUUAUUUUUUAUUUACUUUGUACGCUAUUUUUUAUAUGUAUUUACCUACUUAGAUAGUAUAACUGUUUCACCAAGAUCUUUCAAGUCGUGCGUAUUACGUACUGGUAUGGGUGCACACUGAUAUUCCAAAGUAACUUUAACACAAUAACUUUUUUCUCUCUUUUUUUUAAGUUAAUUUUUUUUAUUCUAUAGAUGCUGGUCUUACGUGGGACGAACCGGGCGGGAACAACAACUGUCCCUAGACAGUGGAUGUUGGUAUCUCGGCACUGUUGCCCACGAGAUAGGUUUGUUCUAGUUAUCGUUUACGGCUUUGGAACAAUCGUAUUUUUUAGUUUAUCAGCCAGUCGGCUACCCUAUCAAGAGAGCUUGUGUAUAGAGCAAAAUUUGGAUUGUGAUUUCCAAAAAUGUAGGUGUGUAAACUCGAUCAUUUCAAAUCUUAAAAAAAUGGUAUCGACCCUUAGGAGCGGUUAGCGAUGGGAAAGACAUUUGGAGAAACAGUCAUGGUAGUUUUUCAAUUGAAUAUUGAAAUUUUGAUUGAAAGAAGCAUGUAGGGCAGAUUUUCGGGUCGUUAUUACUUGUAAGACUAGACGAUCGUUUGUCAGAACUUGGCUAUUGAUCAGAUUCAGAAAAGGAGUAAAUUUACCUUGAUAUAUGUAGUUUACCCGUUUUGUUAAUGUUUUAAUUUCGUCUUACUGUGUUUGUUUCUUUAGUUUAUAUAAUAUUACGUAUAUUUUACUUUCUUACCAGGACAUGCUCUUGGAUUUCUCCACGAGCAAUCGCGUCCGGACAGGGAUCAAUAUGUCACAAUACAGUUCGAGAACAUAAGCCCAGGUACUGUAUGAUAAGCGUUAUGGCAUUUAGGUCAAGGAAGACAAGUCAGAUAUAGUUUGAACCAUCAUAACUCUGAGAAACUAUCGAACUCUUCGCCCUUAUCAUUCGUUUCGGCCUUUCUUAUCAUUUUCAUAAGAAGGUUCUUAGGAGCUCUUUGUUUCUAUGACAUUUCCUAGGAAUGGAAGGCAAUUUCCAGAAAUCAUACAGAGUGAACUCGUAUGGAACACCUUAUGAUUACGGAUCUAUCAUGCAUUAUGGUGGCAAGUACUUUACUAAAAAUGGAAAGCCAACUAUUGUCCCAAAGAAAUCAGGGGUGAGUAAAUAAUAAAGAUCCGGGUUUUCUGCUAUUUUCCUAAGAGCAGUAAUAUGAACAUGCUGUCUUAAAGAAUUUUUGGGCGAUUCCUUAAUUUCUUUGGUAAAGCUUAAUGAGAAUAUUUGUCCGAAGUUAGAGGAAACACCUUAAAACAGACCCAAAGAAACGAGAGGUAAGUUAUUAACAAAAUUAGAGGGAGGUUCCAAAAAAAAAAUGUUGCAGCAUUAUCAACCAGACGUCAAGGAAGACAAGGGCCAGAUGCUUCAUCUUCUCAGCAUCCUGUUCCUGUUUUGUUGUUGUUGUUUCUUCUUGUGUGUGUUUUUUGGAAAAAAUAAGUAAAUAUAAGUGUCAAGCAUAAUUUUCACUUCCCCUUAACCCAUGGAAUGUAUAAAAUUUGUUGGGAUUUAUACAACGUACAUUUGUUUUCAGGUAAACAUUGGUCAAAGAGAUUACAUAAGUCGUAUUGAUGCCGAGGAAAUGAUUCGGUUGUACAGACGUGAAUGCGGGGGAGGUAUUUUUGCAUUUUAUGUUUCUCAUUAAAUUUGGACUUUGUUUAAAUUAAAUGGUUGUAUGCGACAAACUAAAUAUCAAAUUCAAAAAGGAAAUUAUGUUUUGCACCCACUCGUGGAACUAGAACCCUAUAUUUUAGCUCGUACUAUUCAUCAAAGUUCCUUGAACUUCACAAUACUCUACUAAGUUUGGUUAGAUGGGUAGUUUGCUUCUAUUUUGUCUUUUUCACUUAGCUCGCUUUGUCAGCGGUUAUCAUCAAGCUUUGAUUUGUCUCUCAAUGUAAAAGUUUUGAUUCCCUAAAGAAUUCGCCUCCUUUCCUGUCAAAAUCCGACAAACAUCGAAAAGGAGCGCUCUCUUUAGAAAAAAAUCCAGUAUUCUUGAACAAUGCUGUGUUAGCGGCGAUCAACUUUUUGUAUAAAUGGAAGCGAGUGCUAUUUUUUGUCUUUUUGAUGUACUCGCUUCCACUUAUGCUGGUUUCUAUUUUUUUGCACUAAUUCAACAUCUAGACUUUUUAAUUAAUUGAUGUUGACUAAACAAGGAAGAUAAAGAAUCAACCCUUGUACUAAGGUAGAUUCUUUAUCUUCCUUGUUUAGUCAAAUAAGAUAUUUUUGUUCUUUUCUCUCUAUUUUAGAUGUUCCAGAGACUCAGGCUCCGCCAGUUAUUCCUCCAUCUUCUACUUGUGAGUAGCUUCAGCCUUACAGCAUUAAAAAGUCUUUAAAUGACAUGUUAAAAUCACGUAAAUGAAAAACAGUCCCCUCGAUGAAAAUUCCCUUCGUUCAAACCUCUGGGCCAGGAUUUUAUUUUCUAGAUGUUGAUGCCGGUUUCUAAAUUUUUGCAUUAAUUAAAAAAUCUAAUGCAAUUCACAAAACCUAAACAUUUCUUUCACGCAGCUUUCUUGUGCAAUUUCGAUGAGGACGAGUGUGGAUUCAGACAAAGUUCAAGCGACAAAUUUGACUGGACAAGAAGUAAAGGGCCUUCCCCAUCGGGAGGGACUGGGCCAAAUAAAGAUCACACAUCUCGCAAUGGUUUGUUUUACUCAAAACUUUUCGCUCCACUUUCAAAUUUUCGAUCAGUUUUCACAUGUCAAAGGCUCUCUUGUGUUCUAAACAAUGGCUUGGUCGUCAAAAUUUUUGUGGAACUAUCAGUAUCAUGUAUUAUUAAUUUACGUUACUAAUUAGACAUUAGCAUAAUCAAUUUGAUGGGAAAGACUCCUGGAAGGCCUAUUUUUAUGGCUGCAAAGUUGCUCUGCUGCUCACAGAUUCUUAUCUUUUGACUUGGUAGAUUUUAAGAGAGAGAUUAGAAAAUUGCGUGGACAUCACUUUGAUAAUAUGGCUGUCUAUCAACCAUAUCAAUAAUAGUUCGUGUUCAUUUGUCAUCAAAACGCUUUUAAACCUUCAGCUACGUACAUGUAUCUGACGAUUUUGGUAGCCUGCGAAGUAUCACAUGAUUCAUCGAGAGAAAACACAGAACCUGGCUAAAAUUACAAAAUUUUAAGAAAGGGGUGUUUGGGAGAGGGCCUGUCCGUGUUCCUUGAAAUGCAUUUCUUUAGGGAAGCUGAUAACUUUUCGAACAUAAGCUAUGUGUUUAAAUAUAUUUAAAUUUCUCCCUUAGGUUACUUCAUGUACAUUGAGGCUUCAUACCCACGAGGGGUUAAUGACAAUGCCAAAAUGUCCCGUACGGUUUCACUUUCUGGAAAGUCUUGCUUGAGGUUUUAUUAUCACAUGUUUGGGAGUAGCAUGGGAACAGUGAAGGUUAUGUUAGGUAACAAGAAGAUAUUUGAAAACGCUGGGGACCAAGGGAAUGACUGGCACAUGUUCCAAGGUCAUCUUACAGGAUCAGGGCCCAAAGAAGUAAUUGCCUUUUCACAAUAUCUUUUAUUGCCUAUUUCGCCUCCAUGAGGAUCUAGCAUGAUCUUAAAUAUGAUGGUUGGUAUGUUACAACAUUUUGAAUUGUUAAACAGUCUUUGGAAGAAAUGCAAUUAGAGCUUUUCUUUCUCUUGCAGCUGGUUUUCGAGGGAAUAAGAGGAACUAGCUACAAGGGAGAUGCUGCAAUCGACGAUAUUACCAUAUUUGACUGCUGAUUCUUAAAAUUCAAGGAUGAUUGAAAUAAAG